UAGCGUGGCAUUGCAGCCUCCCUGCCCCCAGUGGCAAAGGCUCAGGUCCACUAUGGGCCCAGACUCUGGGGCAGAGAAGCUGCCGUCUCCUUACUGAAGCUUUAAGCUUGGUGGAGAGUGGGCUGGGGAGACCUCAGUCCCUGCCUGGUCUAGGGGGAGGGGUGGCUUCCGACUUCUGGUCUUUAUGGCAGGGAGGGAGAGCUUUGGAAGGGUUCACAGCUCCGCCCUCAAUGUUCCUUUUUGCCUGUGAGCUUCGCCUGUGAGACCCAACCCUCUGCUUCCCAGCUGCAAGGAGGAGUUUCCCAGCCUGUGGGCCCACAGGGACGGCUGUCCUCACUUCCUCCCUUUGGCCCCCUCUGCCUGCUGAGCCCAGGGCCCAGCCCUGCCCCCUACCCAGCCUCACCCCACAGCCAGGCCUGAGCUCAGGAGUGGGAAAUGGGGCUGAGACCAGCCAGUGAAGGGCGGCCUUGGCAUUUGGGGCCAAGCCUGCGACUGCUGGGGUGGGUAGGGGUGUUGAGUGGAGUUCAGGAAAGAAACUUAUAGGUGGAGAGAGGAAUACACUGGUCGCGUCCAUGAUUUCAGAGAUCAGGAGUUCUUAUUGUUAUUGUUAUUUACUGAGCAUUUACCAUCUGUCUACCGACUCUAAAUUCUUAUAUAAUCUCACUUAAUGCUCACUGCAAGUCUAUAAAGUAGAUGUGGUGAUCCCCAGUUUACAGAUAGGGAAAUUGAGGCACAGAGAAGUUAGUGGUCUAAGGCCACAUGGAAUUGGCUGAGCAGGGAUCUAAACCCAGCUCAGUCUGCUUCUUCUGUAAACUUGUGAGAGAGAGGAAAAAUCCAUCUGGAAACCCAGGGUGAUGAAGUAACCCUAAAAGGGCAGGGAGACUGUCCAGGAGCCCGAGAGGGGUGGACUUGGGUUUAUUUUCUUUUCAGGGUCUCCUCCUGGAUCUUAAGCGGAGACAAGGCCUGCACCCUCGUUGGGCUUCCUGCGAGCUGGAGCUGCUCUCUGGGGUCAGGACUGGCCGGGCCCGGGGCGGGUGGAGGUGUCCAUGGGAAAGGCGCGCGCGGUGGGGGGUUUGAGCCCUCCCUGAACAAAGCCUGGGUGGGAGCGGCCUGUGUGUCCCCACCCCGCCUUCCCCAGCGCCUGCUGAGCCGCGACGACAGACGGCGAGCGAGGCGGAGCUAGCAUGGCCGGGGUCGGGGCCGCUGCGCUGUCCCUUCUCCUGCACCUCGGGGGCCUGGCGCUGGCCGCGGGCGCGGAAGGUGGGGCUGUCCCCAGGGAGCCCCCUGGGCAGCAGACACCUGCCCAUUCCUCAGUCCUUGCUGGGAACUCCCAGGAGCAGUGGCACCCCCUGCGAGAGUGGCUGGGGCAACUGGAGGCUGCAGUGAUGGAGCUCAGAGAACAGAAUAAGGACCUGCAGACGAGGGUGAGGCAGCUGGAGUCCUGUGAGUGCCACCCUGCAUCUCCCCAGUGCUGGGGGCUGGGGCGUGCCUGGCCCGAGGGGGCACACUGGGAGCCUGACGCCUGCACAGCCUGCAUCUGCCAGGAUGGGGCCGCUCGCUGUGGCCCCCAAGCACACCUGCCCCAUUGCAGGGGCUGCAGCCAAAAUGGCCAGACCUACGGCAACGGGGAGACCUUCUCCCCAGAUGCCUGCACCACCUGCCGCUGUCUGGAAGGUACCAUCACUUGCAACCAGAAGCCAUGCCCAAGAGGACCCUGCCCUGAGCCAGGAGCAUGCUGCCCGCACUGUGAGCCAGGCUGUGAUUAUGAGGGGCAGCUUUAUGAGGAGGGGGGCACCUUCCUGUCCAGCUCCAACCCUUGUCUGCAGUGCACCUGCCUGAGGAGCCGAGUUCACUGCAUGCCCCUGAAGUGCCCGCCCAGCCCCUGCCCAGAGCCAGUGCUGAGGCCUGGGCACUGCUGCCCAACCUGCCAAGGCUGCACAGAAGGUGGCUCUCACUGGGAACAUGGCCAAGAGUGGACAACACCUGGGGACCCCUGCCGAAUCUGCCGGUGCCUGGAGGGUCACAUCCAGUGCCGCCAGCGAGAAUGUGCCAGCCUGUGUCCAUACCCAGCCCGGCCCCUCCCAGGCACCUGCUGCCCUGUGUGCGAUGGCUGUUUCCUAAACGGGCGGGAGCACCGCAGCGGGGAGCCUGUGGGCUCAGGGGACCCCUGCUCGCACUGCCGCUGUGCUAAUGGGAGUGUCCAGUGUGAGCCUCUGCCCUGCCCGCCAGUGCCCUGCAGACACCCAGGCAGGAUCCCUGGGCAGUGCUGCCCUGUCUGCGAUGGCUGUGAGUACCAGGGACACCAGUAUCAGAGCCAGGAGACCUUCAGACUCCAAGAGCGGGGCCUGUGUGUCCGCUGCUCCUGCCAGGCUGGCGAGGUCUCCUGUGAGGAGCAGGAGUGCCCAGUCACCCCCUGUGCCCUGCCUGCCUCUGGCCUCCAGCUCUGCCCAGCCUGUGAGCUGGAUGGAGAGGAGUUUGCUGAGGGAGUCCAGUGGGAGCCUGAUGGUCGGCCCUGCACCGCCUGCAUCUGUCAAGAUGGGGUACCCGAGUGCGGGGCUGUGCUCUGCCCCCCAGCCCCCUGCCAGCACCCCACCCAGCCCCCUGGUGCCUGCUGCCCCAGCUGUGACAGCUGCACUUACCACAGCCAAGUGUAUGCCAAUGGGCAGAACUUCACGGAUGCAGACAGCCCUUGCCAUGCCUGCCACUGUCAGGAUGGAACUGUGACAUGCUCCUUGGUUGACUGCCCUCCCACGACCUGUGCCAGGCCCCAGAGUGGACCAGGCCAGUGUUGCCCCAGGUGCCCAGACUGCAUCCUGGAUGAAGAGGUGUUUGUGGACGGCGAGAGCUUCUCCCACCCCCGAGACCCCUGCCAGGAGUGCCGAUGCCAGGAAGGUCAUGCCCACUGCCAGCCUCGCGCCUGCCCCAGGGCCCCCUGUGCCCAUCCGCUGCCUGGGACCUGCUGCCCGAACGACUGCAGCGGCUGUGCCUUUGGCGGGAAAGAGUACCCCAGCGGAGCGGACUUCCCCCACCCCUCUGACCCCUGCCGUCUGUGUCGCUGUCUGAGCGGCAACGUGCAGUGCCUGGCCCGCCGCUGCGCGCCGCUGCCCUGUCCAGAGCCUGUCCUGCUGCCGGGAGAGUGCUGCCCGCAGUGCCCAGCCGCCCCAGCCUCCGCCGGCUGCCCACGGCCCGGCGCGGCCCCCGCCCGCCACCAGGAGUACUUCUCCCCGCCCGGCGAUCCCUGCCGCCGCUGCCUCUGCCUCGACGGCUCCGUGUCCUGCCAGCGGCUGCCCUGCCCGCCCGCGCCCUGCGCGCACCCGCGCCAGGGGCCUUGCUGCCCCUCCUGCGACGGCUGCCUGUACCAGGGGAAGGAGUUUGCCAGUGGGGAGCGCUUCCCAUCGCCCACUGCUGCCUGCCACCUCUGCCUUUGCUGGGAGGGCAGCGUGAGCUGCGAGCCCAGGGCAUGUGCCCCUGCACUGUGCCCCUUCCCUGCCAGGGGCGACUGCUGCCCUGACUGUGAUGGCUGUGAGUACCUGGGGGAGUCCUACCUGAGUAACCAGGAGUUCCCAGACCCCCGAGAACCCUGCAACCUGUGUACCUGCCUUGGAGGCUUCGUGACCUGCGGCCGCCAGCCCUGUGAGCCUCCGGGCUGCAGCCACCCACUCAUCCCCUCUGGGCACUGCUGCCCGACCUGCCAGGGAUGCCGCUACCAUGGCGUCACUGCUGCCUCCGGAGAGACCCUUCCUGACCCACUUGACCCUACCUGCUCCCUCUGCACCUGCCAGGAAGGUUCCAUGCGCUGCCAGAAGAAGCCAUGUCCCCCAGCUCUCUGCCCCCACCCCUCUCCAGGCCCCUGCUUCUGCCCUGUUUGCCACAGCUGUGUCUCUCAGGGCCGGGAGCACCAGGACGGGGAGGAGUUUGAGGGACCAGCAGGCAGCUGUGAGUGGUGUCUCUGUCAGGCUGGCCAGGUCAGCUGUGUGCGGCUGCAGUGCCCACCCCUUCCCUGCAAGCUCCAGGUCACCGAGCGGGGGAGCUGCUGCCCUCGCUGCAGAGGCUGCCUGGCUCAUGGGGAAGAGCACCCUGAAGGCAGUAGAUGGGUGCCCCCCGACAGUGCCUGCUCCUCCUGUGUGUGUCACGAGGGCGUCGUCACCUGUGCACGCAUCCAGUGCAUCAGCUCUUGCGCCCAGCCCCGCCAGGGGCCCCAUGACUGCUGUCCUCAAUGCUCUGACUGUGAGCAUGAGGGCCGGAAGUAUGAGCCCGGGGAGAGCUUCCAGCCUGGGGCAGACCCCUGUGAAGUGUGCAUCUGCCAGCCACAGCCUGAGGGGCCUCCCAGCCUUCGCUGUCACCGGCGGCAGUGUCCCAGCCUGGUGGGCUGCCCCCCCAGCCAGCUCCUGCCCCCUGGGCCCCAGCACUGCUGUCCCACCUGUGCUGAGGCCUUGAGUAACUGUUCAGAGGGCCUGCUGGGAUCUGAGCUAGCCCCACCAGACCCCUGCUACACGUGCCAGUGCCAGGACCUGACAUGGCUCUGCAUCCACCAGGCUUGUCCUGAGCUCAGCUGUCCCCUCUCAGAGCGCCACACUCCCCCUGGGAGCUGCUGUCCUGUAUGCCGGGAAUGUGUGGUGGAGGCCGAGGGCCGGAGAGUGGCAGAUGGAGAGAGCUGGCGGGACCCCAGCAAUGCGUGCAUCGCCUGCACCUGCCAUUGGGGCCAUGUGGAGUGCCACCUCGAGGAGUGCCAGGCCCUCUCCUGCCCCCAUGGCUGGGCGAAGGUGCCCCAGGCUGACAGCUGCUGUGAGCGAUGCCAAGCUCCCACCCAGUCCUGCGUGCACCAGGGCCGUGAGGUGGCCUCUGGAGAGCGCUGGACUGUGGACACCUGCACCAGCUGCUCCUGCAUGGCGGGCACCGUGCGUUGCCAGAGCCAGCGCUGCUCACCGCUCUCGUGUGGCCCCGACAAGGCCCCUGCCCUGAGUCCUGGCAGCUGCUGCCCCCGCUGCCUGCCUCGGCCCGCUUCCUGCAUGGCCUUCGGAGACCCCCAUUACCGCACCUUCGACGGCCGCCUGCUGCACUUCCAGGGCAGUUGCAGCUAUGUGCUGGCCAAGGACUGCCACAGCGGGGACUUCAGUGUGCACGUGACCAAUGAUGACCGGGGCCGGAGCGGUGUGGCCUGGACCCAGGAGGUGGCGGUGCUGCUGGGAGACGUGGCCGUGCGGCUGCUGCAGGACGGGGCAGUCACGGUGGAUGGGCACCCGGUGGCCUUGCCCUUCCUGCAGGAGCCGCUGCUGUAUGUGGAGCUGCGAGGACACACUGUGAUCCUGCACGCCCAGCCCGGGCUCCAGGUGCUGUGGGAUGGGCAGUCCCAGGUGGAGGUGAGCGUACCUGGCUCCUACCAGGGCCGGACUUGUGGGCUCUGUGGGAACUUCAAUGGCUUUGCCCAGGACGAUCUGCAGGGCCCUGAGGGGCUGCUCCUGCCCUCGGAGGCUGCGUUUGGGAAUAGCUGGCAGGUCUCAGAGGGGCUGUGGCCUGGCCGGCCCUGUUCUGCAGGCCGAGAGGUGGAUCCGUGCCGGGCAGCAGGUUACCGUGCCAGGCGUGAGGCCAAUGCCCGGUGUGGGGUGCUGAAGUCCUCCCCAUUCAGUCGCUGCCAUGUUGUGGUGCCACCGGAGCCCUUCUUUGCCGCCUGUGUGUAUGACCUGUGUGCCUGUGGCCCUGGCUCCUCCGCUGAUGCCUGCCUCUGUGAUGCCCUGGAAGCCUACGCCAGUCACUGUCGCCAGGCAGGAGUGACACCUACCUGGCGAGGCCCCACGCUGUGUGUGGUAGGCUGCCCCCUGGAGCGUGGCUUCGUGUUUGAUGAGUGCGGCCCACCCUGUCCCCGCACCUGCUUCAAUCAGCAUAUCCCCCUGGGGGAGCUGGCAGCCCACUGCGUGAGGCCCUGUGUGCCUGGCUGCCAGUGCCCUGCAGGCCUGGUGGAGCACGAGGCCCACUGCAUCCCACCCGAGGCCUGCCCCCAAGUCCUGCUCACUGGAGACCAGCCACUUGGUGCUCGGCCCAGCCCCAGCCGGGAGCCCCAGGAGACACCCUGAGCCAGGACAGUGCAUGAUCAGGGUUCAUCAGGCCAGGAGUCUCCCCUUGGCGAGCAGUUCCCACCCUGGUUAGGGCUAUGGAGAGAAUGCCCUGCCUGGACACUGGAGCCUGGGCCCCUGCCCUGCAAAGACCCUCGCCAUGUUGAGUCACAAGCAGUAAACUCUAGGCCUGCCCGAAGGCUUCCUUGUGUGUGUGUGUAUUUCCUCCUGGUGCUGGGACAGAGGCUGGGCUGCCAGGAACAUGGGGUCCAGUGAUCAGUGGCCGCAGAAUCACAGCACCAUGCUUACUCCUUGCACCUGCAUGCCUGGGCUGCCCCACCCAGCCACUCCCUGGUGCUGUCUGGGAAACCCUGCAGUGGGUAGAAGGAGGACCCUGGUGCCCUGGUCUUAGCCCUGUGCUCAUUCUGUGUAGCAGGCAUGACACGUGGCCCCAUGUGGUACCUUCUGUGGAUCCAUGUGGGAUCCUGCAGGGGCUGAGGAACCAUGGAGAAGGGGCUGCAUCAGAGAAUGGCCUCCCCCUUCCUUGUGGCUUGGGGAUACUGAGUGUGCAGGCACCUUCUGGGCCACUCUGAGAGCUAGUGACACAGGGACCCUAUGCCUGGGGUGAGAAACAGAAGCAAUAGACCGCAAUGCAGUGUGGACAUGUACCUGCGUGUGCACACAGAAACACACACACAAACACACAUCCCUCAGAAACCCAGAUAAGCACGUGCAAUGCAUACCUGCCUGCCUUCACAGCCACACCCACCCUGGGCAGACAUAUGGGCAGUAGACACUGGCAGCGUGUAAAGACGUCACUGUAGGGAGGGAACAUGGGUUUUGAGAUAGAAAAAGUCCAGAAUUCAAGUUUUCUUUGCUGCCUACCAGCUCUGUGACCUUGGUGUUUUAGGGACCUUGGUCAUGAGGUCAGGGGACUCCAUCCUCAUUGCUCCCUGCUAUUCCAACAGGGAGUGAAGGGCUUUGUGCUCAGGCAAGGACGCAAAAGAGCGCCAGGUUGAAUUGGAGGCCACUCAGCCUGAUUGCUCUUUCAUUGACGCUGUUUUCUCUUCUGGCCAAGAGGAGGGUCUGCUCCGUUCUCUCACGGAAUGGGGACAAAGUAGCCAGCAGGCAAAUCUGCUCACGACAGGGCAGGAUGUAAAGAUGGCAGAGCUCCUGCACUCAGCCCCUCUCCUGAUUAGAUAACUUAAAUGACCUGUCUAUUCAUCUGCGAGAUGAGGAUGAUAGUAACAAGCAUCUGGUAUGUGUUGGGGAAUGAACAGUGACGCAUGGACAGCACUUACCAGGUGGACAGCAUGGAUAAGCACGUGGGCAGUGCUCGCUGGGGCAGGGCCUCUUACCACUCGCCUCUUGCUGAUGGACGGCCUGGGCUCCCGGGACCAUGUCUUCCCAGAGGGUAUCACAUCCAUCCAUCUCCAGAUGAAAAAAAUGCUGCCACAUGUUAAGACAAGCUAUU